AUGAGACAAAGAUUUCGACGUUCCGUUCUGUUGCUCGUUCUCCUGGCGUCGUCAUCUCUGAUGGUGAUGCCAGUAGGAGCUGAUGAAGGCGAGCAGGAGCCGAUUCAGCACCAGGAGCAUGCGGAAGACACUCCUCAAGAAGACCCAGUGCCACCACAACAGCAGGAGGAGGAAAAUCCUCCACAAGAAGAAGCUGUAGUGGAAGAGGAAGAGCCACCGCCGGCAGUACAAGAAGAAUCACCACCUGUUAAGGAAGAAGAAACACCACCUGUAGUGGAGGAAGAACCACCUGUGGAAGAAGAGGAAGAAGAAGAACCAAUUGACGAUUCCUUGUUUGAAUUGGACGUUUUCGAAUGUCAGGCACCCCGAGGAGAACGGGACAACCGUGCGGGUCGACUACCUCCUGGAGCCGUCAUGACGUUGUGUUUCCGUCCCAAAAAUGAUAAUAACAAGGACGCAGUCCAACUCCAAUCGAUCGAACACUUGGAUUUUGUCGCUGACAAACGAUCCGGUCCUACGCAGGCGGCCAUUCGCAACAAUGAAGCAUCCGGGCCACUCACGCGCUCCCUCUGUCCCAGUGUGGAAGAUCCCACGCUCUGCAUUGCCGCCACCAAACUCAACGACGAAUUCUUUGACAAAGCAUACAACAAUGCCGUGGCCACGGGAGCCAUUUCCGUACACGCCGCCGGGGAAACACGACGCGUGCCCUUUGAAUACGAAUUCUUGACGGCCAAACAAACCAAACCACCUCCGGUUGAACACGACUUUUUUGACAUGCCCAACACGCCAUUGCCAUUUCCUUGUAGUAAUGAAAUUCGAAUUUGGAUGUUGGCAGCUUUGAUAUUGACACUCUUGGAAUUUGCAUUUUCCCCGACCGAUGAUGACGACAAGAAUACGGGGAAAAAGAGUGGCUCUGCCAAAGAAGGUGGGGGCAAAAAGAAAAAACCAAAAAAGGAAUAA